AUGCAUCUAUUGUGGCCUGAAGAAAUGCGUCACGACGACGUCCUACUGUUUUUAAGUGAUGCGGCGCCUUAUAUGGUGAAAUCCGGGAAGUCAAUUCAAAUAUUUUACCCUAAAGUUAUUCGCGUUACUUGUAUUGUGCACGGGCUUCAUCUUAUUGCUGAAAAAAUUCGUGCAAAUUAUUGCAAAGUCGAAAAUGUCAAUAAAGUAUUUUUGAAGGCGCCUUAUCGUGUUGCAAUAUUUAAAGACAAAGCGCCCAAUAUUCUACUACCGCCAGCACCUAUUUUAACAAGAUGGGGGACGUGGAUAAGAGCCGCUGUUUAUUACUGUGAACACCUUGAAAUUAUUAAAUCUAUUGUCAACUCUUUGAAUAAGGAAGACGCUAUUUCUAUUGCAAAAUCACAAAAGUAUUUUCGCAAGCAAGCCUUGCGGCAAAUUUAG